AUGGCAAUCAGAACCCGAUUGGCUAUAUCCGAUCUGCUCAACAGCCCUUCUCCGAAGACUCACGAGCAAAAGCUUAGCUCGCGCAAGCCGGGCGCCGCAUCCCCAUCUGAAUUUGUUGCUGGCAGUUCUGCAGAUGGGACAAGACACAAUGAAAGGGCCUUGCUUUCACAGAACAUACCGGUCGCUCCUCAAUGCACUCCUGCCGUGCGCCACGUCCCAAUGUCCCCUCGCUCCUCGAACCGUCCAAUUUCUGACACUGGGAUCCUCUCACAAACCAUGCCUGCAAUAUCAUGCGAGGCUCCGGAUCAAGACGCUCUUCUCCUGGAUAAAUAUCCAUUCAAUGGAGAAGUCCAGUAUUCAUAUCCCGUCCAGCUUCCGCUUGACCCCGACGAUCCCACAUGGCUGGAACAAAUGAUGGUGCAGCUCCGUCGCGAACGUCAUAUGGUCACUCAGUACAUGGAAGAUUCACGGAUGCUCUUUAUGCGCGCCUCCAUGGAUGUUCAACUUGCACGGUGCGAACUACUCAAGGAGUCGAAUGCAAGUGAUAGUUUCAUCGAAGACAUGACCAGCGUUGCGGGGCCGCGUUUCCGCGAGUGGUUUUGGUGGGUGUACAAGCACGCCGAGAGCGCGGUUUCGCCAGAGGGAGAUAUAAGAGAACCAGUCGAAGAUGAAACAUACGACGAGCGGGACGGGUUCUUCGAGGGCCAGUCGUCACAUUUGCGGAAACGUCGCAGGGAUGAUGAGGAUGAUGAACAGCGCGAUGGCCCUGCUACCGGAGGCGGGUCGCCGCGGGUGAGAGAGGUUUACAAGCGGCGCAAGCUGGACCUCGCGCAGAAACUCGCACCGUUCCGAAAGUAUAUGCUCCCGCCGGAUGGGCGCGUAGACGAGUGUCGACCAACUGUCCCCAAUCAAUCGGGUGAUCUAGUCGUGAGAAACGACAACCUGAGCGUGGACCAACUCCAAGAAGCAAGAUUAAAUGACCGUACGAAGCCCUCAGAACAUGCGAUUGACGCCCGUGGCAUCUGGAUUGGCGAGAGCAUGUCGAUAGGUCGACAUGGUGACCAAGACACCCUGCAAGGAGAUGACAGACAGUACGGGGCCGGGCGCAGUAUUAUCCCGCAGAUCAAAACCGAGACCGCUCUUAAGGGCGGACGUUAUCCAGCGUCCGGGCUACAUUAUUUUUCAUAUAGGGACAAUUCCGAGGAACCGCAGGCCAUUCCGGUCCCACUGUCGUCUGUAUUCCAUCCGCCCUCCGUCUCUGCGAAACACUCACCUGCCAGGAAUUUAUAUCCCUACGACAAUUUGUAUCUAUCUUUCACCGAUGCCACUGAGGAGGGAACGGUGGAUUCUGAAUACGAUGUGGAGCAGGAGGUCGACUAUGUCAAGCGCCGGUUCAGUUAUUGUACACCAUAUGCGCAUGACAGCUCGAGGACCUCGCUCAUACCUUCUAGAGACCACAAGGUUGAGCAAGGCUCUGGGUUCGAUGAUUCAAGGGGACAACGUGGCGGAAACCUGUGGUCCAAGAACACCGAGUCGCAUGACCAAAGUGAUCCUCGUAUUCAUUACGGAGGUGAAGACGUCGGGGGCGGACGUGAACGCGCGGAAGAUGGCUUGACGCAUUACCACAAUGACGGCUUAUUCCCGCCCCCUGACCCAUUGGAGGUCAGCUUCAGCAGCAUCUUUGAAGAUAACGACGAUGACACCGCCAGUGUCCGGGUGUCUCCGCCACUGCUGGCCGGACGGCAUCGAGUCGCUAGUCUUGCGACCGACGGCGCGUACUAUUCUGACGUCGUGGUUGAGCGAGAGGGAAAAGAAGGCACUCCCUCGUCUCCGAUCCUUGCGGAACGGCUUUGCCCACCCGCUGAUAGAUAUGUCAUCCCUCGCAUUAGUGGCUCUUUCAAUUAUAUGAGGGCAAUGAGUCACGACAAACGGACGCCCCCGAUCUCGUGA